CUUGUAUACGUGUAUCCAUAGCGUUAUUCAAGGUUCGAGGUACGGUGUAUCGGUUGCGCUUCCGCACCGAUAUCGAAUUUGAAAAAAGUGUGAGGAUCACGCGCGGAGGAAGGGUGUAUGCGAACGGCGGCUUCCUGCGGGAUUCAACUUCGGCGUGAUCGCGAGUCAUCGCGAAUCACACAGUCAAGCCAUUUUAGUCUCGAGAUUCGACGCCGCCGGCCAAUGAGGUCGCGCGUGGUGGCCGGCCAUUUUACUUUCGCUACGAUCACACGAAACGGCAGUUGAAGAAUCUCGGUCGGAUCUCCAUACCGUCAUGCAGUUUCGUAGAGAAUCGUAAGCGGGAGCAGUUGAGUUCUGAUCUGGGCACGUCCGCGAACGGCUAGGCACCGUUACCGCAUCCUGCAUUCCGCAUUCCGUCCGUACCGGCAUCGGCGACUUCGCGAUCAUCACACGACGAGCGAAUUUACAUCGCGAUGGUCCUGGCGGAGAGAAAUUCGGAAAAUGUGCGUAACGGCCGCCGAUCGCGAGGCCCCAGCCCCAACGCACAGACCGAGUCGUCCAGCGAGGAAGAAGGAGUUCCAGCAGAGAAAAUAAGAGUUGGACGAGAUUAUCAAGUUGUAGUUCCAGAAUUUGUUCCUGUUAAUGAACGUCGAUUGGAUCAGUGUCCUGAUAGAGCAUUAUUAGUUUGGUCACCUACCACGGAUAUACCAGAUCAAAAAUUGGACGAGUACAUCAUAUUAGCUAAGGAGAAAUAUGGUUACAAUGGAGAACAAGCAUUGGGAAUGCUGUUUUGGCAUAAGCACAAUUUGGAGCGUGCAGUUCUGGAUCUGGCAAAUUUUACACCAUUUCCAGAUGAGUGGACGGUCGAGGAUAAAGUAUUGUUUGAGCAGGCAUUCCAAUUUCAUGGCAAGAGUUUUCAUCGCAUUCGACAAAUGCUACCUGAUAAAUCUAUUGCAAGUCUCGUGAAAUACUACUACAGUUGGAAGAAGACACGAACUAGAACAUCGCUGAUGGACAGGCAAGCGCGUAAAUUGACGAGCGGUUGCAAAGAAGGCGAAAACGGCAGUGAAAACGGGAGUGAGCUUGGCUCCAACACAGAUAGCGAAUCUGAAGAAAAAAAAUGGACAAUCCACCGCGGAAUACGUCGUGGAAAGAACCAAGCUGUGCCAGGAAGCCAAGGCACUGAUGCUAAGGCCCCAUCCGACUCGGAAAACGCCCCUCAGGUUCAGGGCUCGUGUAGCAACUGUGGCAUUGCAUGCCAUAGUGUCCGUGCGACACCCAAGGGACACGCGUGUCAUAGCUGCUAUCUACAUUGGAGGCGCACCGGUGUAGCAAGACCGUUAACUUCCAUGCCGGGUCGUACGAAUAAAAGAAAACCACCUCGGGGCUUGGUUGUGAAUCACGAUGAUUUGGCGGCUUUAGCUGGUCAACCAAAUCAAGCCAACAACAGUUUGCAAGCUAUCGACACUGAAAUCGUUAGCUUAAAGCGUCAAAUACAAGCUAACAAACAGCAAGUGAGCGCACUGAAACGAAAGACAACUGAUGGUAUUGACCAUCUGCGACCGCCGGAAGUUUCAAGUCGUAUAAAUGCUCGUUGGACAAAUGACGAAUUGCUAUUAGCCGUUCAAGGCAUUAGAAAAUAUGGAAAAGACUUUGCUGCAAUUGCUGAAGUUAUUGGAACUAAAACUGAAGCCCAUUUACGAUCAUUUUUCGUGAAUUAUCGACGAAGAUAUAAUUUGGAUGCAGUUCUAAAGGAAUUUGAGGCUGAAAAUGGUCCUAUUCUUAUCGAUGAUGAUAAAGAAGAAAAGAUGGAUGUUGAUCAAUCAAAUGACUCUGCAGAGUCAUCUCAGAAAGGGAAAACUUCCGCUGGGCCAGGACAAGCUGCUAAAUAACAAAUGAGUAUAAAUACAAAACGAGAAAAGAAUAAUUGUAGACUUAAUGAAAACAAUCGAUAAUAGCGUGUUGAUUGAUUAUUUGCCAUCUAAUCAAUUGAAUUUCUUUCCUCUUUUUUUCAUUUUAUUGUCUCUAUUAUCAAGAUUAAUAUUGGGCACAGAAAUUUACUUUUAAAAAUCCAAAUUUAACUGCAUUGUAGUUUAUGUAUGUUAAUCGAUAAUGCAUUUAUCAUAAUCUGAUAUACUUAGUAAGUUUUGUCUUUUUUACCUAAUGCUGGAUUUUUUAUCGUCCAUUUAUGUAUGAAAGAUAACACCCGUUUUGUAUCAUGCUUAUGUAUUAUACAUUAUGUUAAAACAUUAAAAUCCUUGAAAGCGUAUUGGCAUAAGAACGUAUAUAAAGCUUCAAAACGCUUAUCAAUAUGUAUUGUAUAUAUCAAGAUGUAUCUUUAUAAGCUUUAAAUAUUUUUAUAUACAUUACGUACGAGAAAUUUAUUUUUUCGUUUACGUAUUUAAAAUAUAAUGUGGAUUUUAAAUUAAUUUGUAAAAUUAUGACAAUGUUAAAUUACAAAAUUGAUCUCAUUUGAAAAGAAUUAUGAUAUAAUAAAUUAUCAAGUAGAGAAAUCAUAAAGAUGUAAAAAGAAUUUUAUGAACUAGAAAUUGUAUGUUAAAGCGUUCCGACGAAUUGCAGUGAAUGUUUUAGUGUUCAAAUGUCUUUGUUUUUACCUUUGUUGUCAUUUAUACUACAGUGAAAGUUUUGCCGUUUGGUGAAACUGCUAUAUUCUGUGUAUUAAUUUCAUUACUUAUGCAUACUUAUAUCACUUGUGUGCCUUUUAUUAUUCUCUCUAUAAUAAUUUUGGAUACCUUUAUCAUUUUUCUUUUCUUCCUUUUCUUUUCGUUAUUUUAUAAUAAUUAGUUAUAAUUGUAUAGCUCUUAUUCCCCUCAAGUUUGUUAGUAGACAAGUAGUGAUUUGAAUCAUUUUUUUAUUAACAUCAAAAAAUAUUCAAUUAGUACAAUUAAAGUAUUGUGAGAGUAAAUAUUACGAUAAGACUCAUACAACACAAACCUUCUAGAAAUGUUCACGGGACGUUCAAAGGAUGUCUGUACAUCCUAAAGAUGCUCUUGAGAAAUUUUUUUAGAUAAAGUGCUAUGUAGGGAGUAUCAGGCAUUUCAAUAUUUUUUCUCGUUUAUGCAUAAAUUACAAAUUUGAUAUAGUUUGCACUAUUUUGUACGCUUAAAAGACUCGAUUAUGUACGAUAAUGGAACUAUUAUCGAUCUUUCGCAUUAUGAUAAGCAACAAUAACAAAUAAAAAAUUAUAUUUCAUAUCUAAUAACACAAAUAAAAUAUGAUCCAUUAUAAUGGAUCCAUUAUAAUGGAUCAUAUUUUAUUAUGGAUUAUAUAUUUAAUAACGUGAUUAAAAUAUAAACCGUUUGAAAUAGAUUAUAAUUAAAUAUAGCCCAUAAUAAAAUUAUGAUGCGAGAGAUCUAGAUAUUAUCGUUGUAAUUUAUUAAGAUGCACACACUUAUUGUUAAGAAGUCAUGGUUUGAUGAAGAAAGUUCAUCUUCCAGACAACAAAAAGAAUAUCAUGACGUUCUUAUAAUAUGUCGUAGUGUUCUUACAAACGCGAAUUGUCAUCACAAAAAGUGUGUCACUUAUUACCAUCUAUAUUAUGGCUAUAAUAUACACAGCAAAAUGUUGAAAGAAAUCGCGAAUAAAGAAAAGAGAUAUAUAGUGUUUUUACAAAAUGAUAAUGCACGCCUUCAUAUUGAUGAUUUUCACAUAAGGAUUUCUGUACAAAAUUUGAGCUUCAUUUCACAAAUCUAUUAAUAAGAAUUAUUUAGAUAAUAACAUAUAGAGCGCACAGUUUACUGAACUUCAUAAAAUAGCUAUUAAGAAAUAUAAUUUUUCCUGUAUAAUAUAGAAUGUGUAUAUUUGAUCUAUACUAUCCAUAAUAGAUCAAAUUUUCUAAAAUUUAUUUAGUCUUUUCAGAAACGUACGCUAUAGUAAUAUGAUAGUGUACAGUAAUGUUUCUCUUGCAAGAAAAUCUUUAUAAAGUCUUAUAUUUUAUUUUUGAUUUCACAAAAAUUUACCUUUUAAGCGGCGUCUACAAUGGGGUCGUAGAGUCGCAGGAGUGAUCGUAAAUUUCUAUAUUUUCGGUCGUAGUCGUAGUCACUUGAAGUUGAUUCAAUUCCAAUUCCAGCGACUACCGUCACUACGAUUGACUAAUUACAAGAGAACAUGGUAUAUCGCGUAUUAACAGAAACUUUAUUUGGAUUUACGACCACUCCUGCGACUUUACGACCCCAUUGAAGACGCCGCCUUAAGUUACAUUCACAUUUUGUGCCUAUCAUUUUGAUAUGCAAAAUAAAAAAAUUGCUUGUCAUAUAGUCAGAUUAAAACUUCUAUGUAAAAUUCUGUGUAACAUUCAGUGUUUGUUAACAAAUUCAUUUUAAAACGUCUCUACCAUUACACACGAAGAUUAUAUGACAAUUUUAAGAAUACUAAUAUAUUAACUUCAAACAGGUGAUAAAUAUAUUUUCAAGGAAAAUAAAAUAUAAGAUUACUAAUAUAAUGUGAUGCGUACGUAAAUUAUAAAUCUGCUUUAUAUAUUGUUUUUUAUAUUGAUAUAACUUAAUUGUCUCUUUUGCAACGUGUUUAUGAAACCUGUUAGUUACAUCAUUGGAAGAUCUUUCAUAAAAUUUGAAUGAAUAGUAUCUAUCAGUUUUCAUUACACAUUCAAGAAAAAAGAUCAAAAGCUCACACCGUUCUUAUUAUACAUAUUUUUCUCGAGAAAACAUCUAUUUAACAAUUUAAGUAAUUUUUAAACUUAAUGUUGUUUAAGUCUAAAUUGAACAAUGUAAGUAGGCAAUGAUCCGUAUACAAUCUAGAUUUAAUAUAUUGACAUAGCGAUAAUAAGAAAACUAUUAAAUAAGUAUUAUAUAUAUACAGCAGCGACUAGAAUCUACAAUUAUUCCAAUUAUAUAUUGGCAAAUUGACAUACGCCCCUGUAUGAACAUGUAUGUAUAUGUGUGCGUAAGAAUGAACAAUUGUUCGUAAUUCUUCGUGCGUGUUUCAAUAGAUCAAUUACGAUUGUGUAAGUAAUUCACAAGCAGGAUCGUGUUUCUCAAAGGAAGGCAAGUCUUCCUUCAAUACAUGGGAGUAUUAAUGAUGAAAGCUGCGUUCAUUGAUAGUAACAUAUCACGCAAACACGAUAAAAAUAUCUUGCCAAUAAAUUAAGAUGAUUUAAAAAUCGAACACCAUUUGUGUAAUAGCAGCUAUAAAAAGAAUUGUUACGCUAAGAAGGAAAAUAUUAUAUAGUUAGAUAAAUCGUUGCUCAGUAUAUGAAGAUGUGCAUUAUCGUUGUGUGUGUGUAUGUAUGUGUGUAUGAGAGAGAAACACGUAAUUUCUACAUGUGAAAUCCGAAGUUUUCUGUCUGCAAAAAUCUACUUUUCUCAAAAAUUAUUAAAUUGAUUCAUCUGCGUGAAUGUUUUAUAGAAUAUUAACAUACACAUAUUGCAUUUUAUUUAUUUUUGCAUUAGAUUUAGUAUUACUUUUAAGUAUAAAAUUUAAUGUACUCGCACACAUAUACUUUUUUUCACCGGAGAAAAUAUUUAAGUGUGUGUCAGUGUAACGAGAUAAGAGACGAUAUUGCACUAUAUAUAUAUAUAAUUUUUUUUAUAUAUAUGCGAGAAAAGCUGCGUAGAUGCAGGCUUCUGUAGAUGAAUUCUUCACAUCCUAUGUAACAAACAUUUCACAAUUAAAUUUCUGUUGCGUGAAAUUUGCAAUUAUUUGAGAUAUUGAUUUAAAUACACUGAUUAAUGUAACGAUGUAAAAAUCUUCGUUAUCUCUUAUAGUGUAGAUAUUUACAAGAAAAGUUGGGA